GGGUUCCUCUGACACGGGUCGGGUCUUGGUUACCGCACGGAGGGAGUCUGCAGACACCGACUAACGGGGCACGCACUCGGAAUAAUAAAUCAAAAUGCCUUCAAAUAAAGACGAUGGAGGAUGGAAGAAGUUUCUGUGGGACUCGGAGAAAGGAGAGCUGCUCGGUCGUACCGGAGGCAGUUGGUUCAAAAUCCUAUUGUUUUAUGUCAUUUUCUACGGCUGCCUGGCGGGAAUCUUCAUUGGAACCAUCCAAGCCUUGCUGCUCACCCUGAGUAACUACAAGCCCACCUGGCAGGACAGAGUCGCCCCCCCUGGCCUUACACACACCCCACGAUCAGACAAAGCUGAAGUGAGCUUCAAUCUCAAUGACGUGGAGACCUACCUGCCUUACACCAAGGCCUUGAGGGACUUCCUGGCCAAGUACGACGACGAAUCCCAGAGGGACCAGAUGAAAUACGAGGACUGUGGAGACGAGCCUGGAGAGUACAAGAACAGGGGCGACUUGGAGAGUGAUGUUGGCAUCAGGAAGGCUUGCCGUUUCUCCAGGAGCCUGCUGGGACCAUGCUCCGGCAUUGAGGACCGCGAGUUUGGUUUCAAGGAGGGCAAACCCUGCCUCAUUGUAAAGCUCAACAGGAUUGUCAACUUCCGUCCAAAGCCUCCUACCUCUAAUGAGAGCAUCCCCGAGGAGGCUCAACCAAAGGUGCAGCCCAAUGUCAUCCCUCUCUUCUGCACCAACAAGAAAGAAGAGGAUGCCGGAAAAAUCGGGGAGAUUAAGUACUAUGGUAUCGGCAGCGGCUUCCCCCUGCAGUAUUACCCAUACUACGGCAAGCUGCUGCACCCUCAAUACCUGCAGCCGCUGGUGGCUCUGCAGUUCACCAACCUGACCAUGAACACUGAACUGCGCGUCGAGUGCAAAGUGUACGGAGACAACAUCAACUAUAGCGACAAGGACCGUUACCAGGGACGCUUUGACAUCAAGAUCCAGGUGAACAGUUUAUGACCGCCAUCAGGACCAUAGCACUUUCCCUGGCCGCCCCUCCCCCCUCCACCACCCUCUGUCCUUCAAUAAAUCCAAAUGUAAUGUAGGCGAUAAUAAAUGAGGGGGGCAGGCUGUAGCGGUUAAGUCAAUCACAAAUAGUCUUGAAUGAAUAAAUGAAAGAAAAUCCAUGAUAGGGGACUGAUGUGUAAUCUCGUCUGCUCUCAUCACUAGCUUCUACACUUCUGUCUAGCGUUAGAAUGUAAUUUAGAGGAAAAGUAGCAAUAGGCCUAAUAAAAAUAUUUAUUCUGCCGGAAAUUAGACUUUUCCACAAGCCAUGGGACAUCGUUCAUUGAUGACUGUAAAGUUUAAUCCAUCUCUGACGCGUAGCGAGCCGUGUUCGUCCCCUCUGCAUAUCGCUGCCUCAUGUGGUUUCAGUAGAUAUUUUCGGAGUGUGUGUUAGUAGCUAUAUCUGGUCCUCGAUGUUCCUCAUUUUCUGUGAGCAAGCUUUAGCAGGUGUGUCAGACACAAGCACACAAUUCUACUUAAUGAUUAAAAUGGUACCCUCUUCUGAUCUGUGUAAGGAAAAGGCUGCACUCCAGGGAACUUCUUUCCUCUUUUUAUUCGUCUUUUACAUCUGAUCACGGGAGACUCUUUUUUACUUUCUUUCUUUUAUUGCUUUGUUUAAAUCACUGAAAUGUGUGUCGGGGUUUUAUUACUUUGGUUUCAUGCCUUUUACUUUUGAUUUUGCCUUGAAUGUAGAGUUUUGUGUCCAGCCUGUUAGACACUUGGGCCUGCUGUACAGGCAACGGUGCUAACGCCAGUUUUUAAGAUUUUAUUUUUGCUGGAUUCAUCACAGCAUUGUGGUGCAACUCUCUGAAUGUUUUAGCCAUUUAAACAUGGUGGAAGAAUUUUAUAUUUAUGCAGUUGUACAUUUUGUUUCUUUGCAGAAUAUUGUAAUGUAUAAAUGCAAUACCAAAGUGACGAGUUGAAGAGAGUCUUUAUCAGAAGCAAUGCAGUACUCGUUUUUAGGAUCUCAUCAUGUUAAGUGCUAAAGUCAAUGUCUCGCCUUGCAAACCUCCGUGGUUAACUCUUGAUUUGUUUUGGCCAUGAAUGUAGUUAGAAUGAACAGGUAACGAGCUGUUCCACAAUGACCUGAUUUCAUGCAUUAAAAAAAACACGAGUUCUUCCAGAGCUCAGUGGCUUUAGAUGAUUAAUGAUGUUGGCUUUAAUAUUCCAUAAGAUCUCAUGUUGAUGUAAAACACUCGACUUUAACAUCAGUCAACUUUCCAUCAGUUCAUCCAGCUAUGUCAUUUAAUCAAAGAUAGAAAGAAAUAAAAUCAUAAUGGACCUUU